AUCGAUAGCUGUCUCCUGAUGGUUCUCGAAUAUUCAUUGUGUGUUCUAUUUAGCAUAAUAUGUUCUUUAAUAUUAUAACUAUACCCCAUAAUUAAGUCGACGAAAAUAAUGUUUUUGAAAUAUUUCUCCUUCUCUCUUUAUAUAUAUAUAUAUUUGCCAUUCUUGUAUUUUGGGGAAUGAAACAUCGUAGAUGUUAACGUUCGCAUGUUAGGCUUAAGUUUAAGUUAAUCGUGACUUGAUUAAUUUAACAAUUAAGCCACCUGUGGGUGAUAGUUUAGGCCUACUUUUAAAAAUUUGCAGUGUUGUAACCCAGUAACAUUAACAGGGUAGGGAAAGACCAUCGGUGCAACGUAAAAAAUUAACUUGGGCCUACUGGCUAAAUUUACAUUGUGAGCCAAAUCUUAGAAUUACAUUCCUACGCAGUAUAAACUAAAAUUCAUAAGUAUAUUAUAUAUCUUUGUUAGUCAUUAGUGAGUGUAGUUUUUACUUCAUACUCGUCUGUUUUGGAUCUUGGAUAAUAUGUUCAUUUUACGAUAUUUUAAAUAAAUGAGAUUUUACUUACGAAUUCGCGAAUAAUACUAAUAGCUAAGCACACUUUUCAGUGCAAACUACAAAGUUACAUAAGUUGUUAGAAAAAUCUUAACUUGUAAAGGAGAUGGAGUCAAGUCCAACAUCUUCAAGCUCAUCAAGAAUAUCCCCAAUGCAAGAAACAAUAUAUGGGACUAGUAAUGAUGAUAAUCAUGUUGUUAUGUCUGAAAAGGUUCAAAAUCUUGCUGGAAGCAUAUAUCAAGAAUUUCAAAAAAUGAUUACCAGAUAUGAUGAAGACGUUGUUAAAGAGUUAAUGCCACUGGUAGUUAAUGUUCUUGAAAGUUUGGAUUUAGCAUAUAUGGAUAUUCAGGAACAUGAAGUUGAAUUAGAAUUAUUGAGAGAAGAUAACGAACAGUUAGUGACACAGUACGAAAGGGAAAAACAGCUAAGAAAAAGCUCUGAACAGAAACUUUUGGAGUACGAGUGUGCGAUAGAUGAUGAUCGUCAGGAACAAAUGGGAAAAAUUGAAAGCUUGGAAUCUAUUGUUAGAAUGUUAGAAUUGAAAGCUAAAAAUGUUGGUGAUCAUGCGGCUAGAUUAGAAGAAAAAGAAACUGACAUGAAAAAAGAAUACUCAAAAUUACAUGAAAGAUACACUGAGUUGUUCAAAACCCACAUGGAUUACAUGGAAAGAACGAAGAUUUUGUUUGGAACUGACAGACUAGAAAAUCUAUCAAACAAACAAAAGUAAGCUUCU